CCUCCAUAUCAUGUGAUUCAGGUGUUCCAAUCCCCUCCAUAUCAUGUGAUUCAGGUGUUCCAAUCCCCUCCAUAUAAUGUGAUUCAGGUGUUCCAAUCCCCUCCAUAUCAUGUGAUUCAGGUGUUCCAAACCCCUCCAUAUCAUGUGAUUCAGGUGUUCCAAUCCCCUCCAUAUCAUGUGAUUCAGGUGUGCCAAUCCCCUCCAUAUCAUGUGAUUCAGGUGUUCCAAUCCCCUCCAUAUCAUGUGAUUCAGGUGUUCCAAUCCCCUCCAUGGACACAGGUGUAUACAAUCAAGCCCCUAGGCAUGCAGACUGCUUCUACAAAC